CGUUCCCCGAAGAAUUCGCCCAAGACCAAACGUCGCCGGAGUCCUAAGCCUGUACCCAUCGGAGAUCAAACUGCAGAUUCCGCUAUCCUUCACUACGAGCCCACUCAAACCCCAAUUGUACAACCUGCGGCCAAGAAACCCAGGGCGAAGAGGAAAAAGGCAAUCGAAGACGAAUUCGGAGAGAAAUGGGAGAGCGAUCUGAGGACUAGGAUCAUGGAUGAUUGGGACCUGUACCAAAGAAUUCUCCGUUACGAGCCCAUUCAUUUUGAUACAUUCCUUCGUAUUGCUGGAGGAGACAACAAAUGCAGUGGCCGUUUUCGGGUUCAACUCCGCGACUUCCUGGAUAAGCAGGCGAUUUCAUUUCACGGAGAGACGAUCCGGAAUAGGCGUUAGUGUAUAAUCUAGUGAGUACAUAGUGUAUUACAACCUGUUGAAGGCAUGGAUGAUAGCAAUAUACGAAAGCGAUCUAGUCAGUCAGUCUAAAGCGAAAACGACAGCCCAGCGACCUCGAUGGCACCUCCGACGAGGUGCAGACUGCCUGCCACGAGCACACUGAGCUGCUCCUGCUCUGAUUCCAGCUUGCGCACGGCAUUGACAGCGUGUUCGAUGGACGGCAGCACGUGAAUAUUGGCUGCAGGGAAACCGGGGGCCAGCGCUGACCAAGCAGCAGCGAGCUGGUGCUGGGUCUUGAGUUCGGUCAGAUCAGACUGGGGGAUGGCAAGUGAGGUGAGAUCUGCAACGGAAAUUAGACGUCAGACAAGAAAGCUGACUUGCACAAGUCACGCACCUCCUUUGAAGCCGCCGUCGACAUUCCUUCGACCCGAACAUUUCC